GUACAGUGUUCUGCCAUCAACCAAAGCCAUCACAUCUCAACACCCAUCUCAACACAGUCAUGACUUCCAAGGACAGUAAGAUGAAGCCUGGUAAAUUUGACUACAUCAUUGUUGGUGCCGGCCCAGCUGGACUUCAAAUGGGCUACUUUUUGAUGAAAAAGAAGCGUAGUUACAUUAUCUUGGAAAAUAAAGACAUACCAGGAUCGUUUUUCAGAAAACAUCCAGUUCAUCGUACUCUGAUAUCGCUCAAUAAAAGGUUCAACCCAUUCCCAGAACCGGAAUACAACAUGCGACAUGACUGGAACUCGUUGCUAAGCGAUGAUCCCGAACUCCGCUUUACUAAGUACUCUAAAGAGCUGUUCCCACACGCCGAUGAUAUAGUUCGCUACAUGAAUGAUUAUGCCACUAAGCUUGACCUGAAUAUUUGUUACAACACUCGAGUAGAGAAGAUAAAAAGGCUGGAAAGUGGACCAAAUUCUAGUGAAAAUUUCUCUCUGCGCACGACCAAGGGCGAGUAUCGAUGCAAAGUUCUGUUGAUGGCGACCGGUGCCCGCUCUGAACGAAUUCCCGAUCAUAUCAAAGGCAAAGAGCUCAUGGAGACGUACUCUACACACGACGUCAACCCCGAGAAAUACAACGGGAAAUCCGUAUUUAUUCUUGGUAAUGGCAACAGUGCUUUCGAAGCUGCUAACAACCUUGCUGGGUCAGCUAGUUUGAUACAUAUAUUUGGAGAUCGGAAGUUAAAGCAUGCUUGGGACACUCACUUUGUAGGUGACCUUAGAGCUGUUAACGAUACUAUACUUGACAUGUACCAGUUGAAAUCUCUGCACGUUUACCAGGCACUAGACUUAUUAUCUGUGGAGAAAACAGACAAAGGUUUUGUCCUUACUUGUGACGACAUUGUUCCUCACUGGAAAGAAAGACAAGGCCAUGUGCAGUUUGAAUUACCUCCAUAUGAUCACGUGAUCUGUUGUACCGGAUUCAAUUAUAUUGAUUUGUCAAUAUUUGACGACAAUUGCAAACCAGAUACCAAGAAGAACGGCAAGUUUCCAUCUUUGUCUAAUAUAUGGGAAUCUAGCAUCCCCAAUAUGUUUUAUAUGGGCACAACAAUGCAGUGCAACGACAGGAAAGCUGCAUCCGGGUUUAUUCAUGGUUUCCGAUACAACAUACGUACAUUGCAUAGCUUACUUGAAGAACGUUACGAAGAUCUCCCAUACCCACGUGACCUUCUUCCGAUUGAAAUUGAAACGCUCGCGGACAAGAUCGUGGAACGUGUAAGCGUUGGCGAUGGUAUAUAUCAGAUGAACAACGCUCUGUGUCACGUGUUAGCUAUACCCGAUUUCGCUGACGACAUGAAGGGAGAAGUUAAAGCAGAAUUUUAUCAAGAUUUCCCUAAACCAUAUGCACUUGAAGCAAUUGAAAAUGGGAGGUUCUCAAAAUACAAGCACGUGUUCCUUAUUGUACUGGCGUAUGGAUUUGAAGAUUUUGGAGACGCCGGCAAAUACGCCAUGGAAUUCGUACACUUUCCUGACCUAGCUACUGGUGAUUGUCAAGCAUUCCUGCAUCCCGUGAUUACCUAUUACAAGGAUGGUCAAGAAAUUGAUAAACUGAGAUUACCCGAGUCUUUGGUACUGAGAUUCGACAUACCUUUGGUGAGGAACCAAAACCCUGUUGUAGGACAAAACAGGAUGAAAAAUUACAUCAACAAACACUUGACUUUACAGCCCGGUAAGCAUUUCUACGAUAAAUUCUUCAUGGAGAAGAUGUCCGAACGAGUGACUCCUUUCACAAGUGAAGAGAUAAAUAGAAUACCAAACCUGAAAGUAUACAAAGGAUGCAUUCCAUUCAGUAUUGACUUCAUGUCGGCAUCCUAGACCUAGCUUGCACAUCAACUUUUUUACUUCAAGUGUCAGAGUAACAAUAUUAGCCAGAUUGUAACGUCAAUAUGAUACGCAUUAAUUUCAUAUUCGACGAUUUUACGCAAAUCUUGAACUAAUUACUUAGGCAUAUUAAAAUGAGGUAAUAGGAAUGCCAAGACCCAUGUAACUAAUAAUAAUAAUAUUUUUAUUGCAUUAGUCUCAGGUUCAUACGCAACGUGAAAACACACAAAACAGUAUUUGAUCUCAGUUUUGAAAGUACAACGUGCUAGUCUGACGUUUUUAGAGGACGUCUACUUUCUUUUAAAACUUAAAAGUACGUUUUUCAUACUUGUUCGGUAAUAUUGAAUUUUGAUCUGUUUUAGUUCAGUCAUGAUGAGCUUUUAUUCCAAUUACUUAACGCAAUAUUCCCCAUAGUCCAAGUGACAAGAGAAUAUAUGCUGUAUUAAUAUACAUAUACGUGUUAUAUAGAGAUAGAUUAUUCAAAAUGAUUUUUAUAUACAAUGUAUGUUUUAUGCUAAACAUCGUAAUACAAUGGAAAGUAGUAGUAUAAUCGUCGAUAUACCAAUUAUAAUAAACACUGCGUUAUGUUUCGUAAUAACUUUAUAUAACGAUAUUGCACUAUACAUUGUUCUUAGAUAAUGUCGUUACCACAAGAAGGACAUGUGUAACUACUGUAAUUGGUCGAUUAUCUGCAAAAUAAUGUAUAUGGUUAAUGUGAUAUUAAACUAUGAUGGUGACACAAAGACAA